ACCUGCCCUUGGCCAGAGGCCCGUCGUGAGCUUCACCGCGGUGGCCCCUCCCCCAGACUCCAGUUUCUAACAACAGAGGCUGUUGCUGCAGGAGCGGGGCCCAGGGAGACCAGCCCCAGCCCCACACUUGGCCCAGCCGCAGGGACUCGGCUCAGAGGGGCCGAGACUGUGAUCUCUGCCCACCACCUCGCUGGCCUCUGGCCUCUGGGGCCUCCUCGCGCUGGCCCCACCCGGAGACCCCACCCGCCCCCGGCCGCCCCGGCUGCUCGGACGGAUCCCAGUGCCGGCGGGGGCCGCGGGAGGACCCCGGGGUCUGCACUGCUCCCCGGAUGGCCUGCUCUUCCUGACGGCUGGGGCUGCGCCCUGCGUCCACGUGAUGGACCUCGAGGGACGUUCCAUCUGCCUGCUGCCCUGCCAUCUGCCAGGGGCUGGGGCCUUCGUGCCGGAGGACAUUGCUGUGACGUCCGCCGGGCUGGUGGUGGUCAGUGACCUCGUCCGUGGGGCUGUCCACGCACUUCAGCACACCGCCCGAGCCCCCCAAGGUCGCUGGGCCACAGUGGGCACCUACCUGGCCCCCCGGGGACUGGCUGUGGAUGCCGCUGGCCACCUUCUGGUGACAGACUACGUGCUUGGGGCUGUGCACAGCUUCACACUGAGCCCUGCCUUGGAGCCGCUGGCCCCAGCCUCCAUGCUGGGUCUGCAGGGCCCAUGCUGGGUGGGCCCAGGGCCUGACGGGGGCCUCGUCGUGAGUGAGGAGUUUGGGGACGUGCGGCUGUUCGGCAGUGCCUGCCAGCCCCUGGGCUCCCUGGGGCGUCUGACAGGGCACGCCUUUGGGAACCCAGCAGGCGUGUGCACUGAUGUGGAGGGCAGUGUCAUUGUGGCAGAUGAGCAAGGGCGGUGCGUGACCCUGUUUCCUCGUGCCAGGGCCCCCGUCUGCCUCGUGUCGGAGGGGCUGGGGCGGCCCCUGGGUGUGGCCUGUGCCCCUCAGGGCCAGCUCGUGGUGGCAGACGCAGGAGACAGCUACAUCAAGGUGUACCAGUACCACCCGGAGCCGGCCUGACCCGGGGGCUGAUGGAAGCAGCCCCUCACCACGUGUGGGCCCAGCCCCCAGGGCCCCAGACCACUAUGGGAGGGACAUUCAGGGUGGUGGGGCCCUCCAGGGCUGCUGGCCCUGCCCUUCUGAUGGGACACAGUGGCUGACAUUUGCUGAGCACCUGCUGUGCCGGGCACUGGGCUGGCCUCUGUCUUCCUCCUGGAGAGGCUUCAGACUUGCCACAAACCAGCCCCUUCCCCCAGCUUCCCCUACAAGGUGCACAGCCUCUAAAGUUGGGUCCUGUCCACACUCCAGUUUAGUAGGCGCCAAAACUCACUGCCUCUGUGUCCGCUCAGGCCCUGGUCCUGCUGGCUCAGGGCCCGGGGGGCCUGAGCUUUGAGGCCAGCAGCUGAAGCCUGGGGAAGGUCGGUGCGUUGGGCUGGGCGCCCCAGCCUCCUAAUCAGACAGAAGCAGACAGGGAGGGUUAGGCUGGGCUGCGCCGGGCUGGGCAUGGGUGUGGCCCCUCACUGUCCCCCAUCCUCAGAGGCACCCCAGACGCCAAGCCUCUUGCAGCUUCGCUGGACCUAACUGAGGUGAGGGAGAGCAGAGGAGGGGCCACCCCUGAGGCACCUUGGGGUGGCACGUGGCUAGGCCGGGAGGCUCCAUACCCCUGGUCUCCUGCUCCCAUGUAAGACUAGCUCUCAGGUUGAACCUUCGCUUUCUCCUCUGCAAGCUGUCCAAGCUCACGGGUGGGGUGUUCUGGGAAGGUUCCAGACUGUGGUCAAGCCGGGAGAGCCUUCCUAUGAGGAGAGACUCCUGUUACUCGAGAACAAUGGGCAAACAAGGCCCCAAAGGGAUGGGAGGUGAGGGCUUCUUCUGAGUCUGGGGGCCAGCCAGGUCCCCAGUUCCAGUGAGGGGACUCUUUGGGAGGGGACAGUGCCUGCUCCAGUCUGUCACCAGGAGAAUGCCUCUGACAAAGUCUCCUUUGUACGUUCCAGCCCCUAUGGGUGGUGGGAUUAAGUGGUCAAUGUAAGAAGGCAUGUGCAGUAAGUGCUCAAUAAAUGUUAUUGCUGCUGGUG